GAACAGCUUCAUCAAUUUUGAUCUCCUUCUUCCAACUUCUCUUCAAUUCCUCUUCAAUUCCUCUUCAAUUCCUCUCCUUCCUUCAAUUUUCAAAAUCCCGCUCCUCCGAACCUCGAACCUCGACACCUACUCUCGAUCCACACCCCACGAACGAACCAUGCACGCCCGCUCCCCCUCCCCCAGCAGCACCGAUCCACGCAAACGCACCAAACAAACCCACCCAACCCCGAACAUCUGCCACGACUGGAUGGUCGUCUCCGGAAACUGCCACUACGCGCGCGAUCUCGCCCACUUCACCAGCUACCGCCCUGUGUCCGCCGUGCUGAAAAACAACCUCUUCAACGCCCACGACGAGCUGCGCGUCGCUGGCGUCGGCUCCGUCCUGCUGACGACCUGCCGCAGCGCUACAGACCCGUCCCCCCGAACCAUCCGUCUCGAUGACGUCCUGCAUAUCCCGGACGCGCUGUGUAAUGGCUUUAAUCCGCUCCUGGUGGGGAGUAGUAUGUCGUGCCAUGCGACGCACUGGGAGGGUGCGGAUCGUGAGGGGGAGCCGCUGUGGUGGGGGAGGAAGGCGGCUGGGGGGACGAAGGUUGUGCUUGUUGGGGAGCCAGAAAGUGUGUCGGAGUUGAUUGGGGGGAGGGAGUAUACGCUUAGUUUGUAUGUUAGUGGCGAGGAGAAGGGGGCGAUGGGGUUGGGGUGUUAG